AUGGCCUGUCUUCAGUCCAUCGUCGUCGCUUCUCUCGUUGCCAUCGCAGCAGCUGGGGAGACCAAGUACCCAGAAGUCGUUCCUGGCCCUGGUCUUCCAAGUCUUGCUCAACUGGGCCUGACUUCGGCCCAGUUGUACCAGAUGGGAACCCCCAAGUCUUUUGGUACUUUUAGUGCGCAGUGGUCUGGCUGUGGGCCCGUUGAAGAUGCUUACACCAACGUUAACGAUGCCAUUGCUUGCUUCCACUACUUGGACAGCCUUGGUGACCAGGACUGCUUCGUUCGAGGUGGCGCGGCUAUCUCCCAAUUUUGCAAAGCCGGCGAUGCCCAAAUUACCGGUCAGAGUGUUGGCCCAGAUGUUUCUGUUCCCUGCCGCGAAGCUGGUCAGGCUGCUCUGUGGGUCAUUGACCAUUGCACCCGUCCGGACCAAUCUGUUGCAGGCUUCCAAAACCCCUCCACCACCACCGGCAUGGUGGUCGAUGUUGCCAACAUUAGGUACUAA